AUGGCAUCCAUGGGAGAGUUACAAGCCUAUCAGAGAAUCCUGAAGGAGAAUGUCCACUCAGUUCAUGACAUAAAGUUGAAGCGUAAAUGGGUUAUGCAGCAAGACAGUGAUCUGAAGCACACUAUAAGGGUCAUUGGUCGGAGUGCAACUGCUAAAGCAGGAGAUGGCGCCAGCCUGUUUUGUCAGCUGGUUGAGACAAAUGAGACACUAACACGGAUUACUUGGAAAAAAAGGACUCGAGAAACGCUCACAAAUAAGAACUUUUUUGUCAUUAACUCAGAUGGCAAAACGGCAACUAUAAAUGGAUUAGGAGACAGAACUGAAUUUAUUGGAAAAAUCUCAGAAAUGAUUGGCACAAUUCUUCUGAAGAAUGUAAUGCUACAAGAUGAAGGAAUUUACACUUGCAUCUUCAAUAUAUUUCCAGAUGGACCAUUUGAGACAGGACUUUACCUCAGAGUACUAGUUCCUCCUGCUGCUUUUGUGACCACUGAUGUGAUUCCUGUUGCUGGUGAGUCUGAAGUGACCUUAGCAACCUGCACUGCUGCUAAAGCACGGCCUAAGGCAGAUGUGUCCUGGAGGCUGGGUGCUCUGAACGACUCUGUGAAAGUACAGACACACUCUGCAGACUCUGAUGGAACUUACACAGUCAAAAGCUUCCUGAUUGGUGUAGCAUCCAAAGAUCUAAACCAACAGAAGUUUCAGUGUUUAGUGAACCACACCAGCCUGAAUGAGGAGCUGAUACUGGACUAUGCUCUAAUUAUCCAUUAUCCUCCUCAAAGCGUAGAGAUUAUUUCCGUCGCAGUCACAAAGACAGCUGAGGAAUUUCAGUGUGUAGUUGAUGCCAAUCCACAGCCAACGACAUUCACCUGGAACAGGCUGAUAAUCCCACUGACCUCUGACAACAAUGGCCUAUAUAUGUGUAAUGUUUCAAACCAGUAUGGAAAUGGCACAGACCCACACUCUGCAGACUCUGAUGGAACUUACACUGUCAAAAGCUUCCUGAUUGGUGUAGCAUCCAAAGAUCUAAACCAGCAGAAGGUUCAGUGUUUAGUGAACCACACCAGCCUGAAUGAGGAGCUGAUACUGGACUACACUCUAAUUAUCCAUUAUCCUCCUCAGAGUGUGGAGAUUAUUUCUGUUACCGUCUCAAAGACAGCUGGAGAAUUUCAGUGUGUAGUUGAUGCCAAUCCACAACCAACGACAUUCACCUGGAGCAGGGUGAACAAGACUCUUUCCAGCCAUGUUGAUGUUGACACAAUUGACAGGCUGACAAUCCCACUGACCUCUGAUAAUACUGGGUUGUAUGUCUGCAAAGCAGCAAACCAGUAUGGACAUGACACAGCUACCCUUAAAGUCCAUAUUUCCACAGCUUUUUGA